GUUUCUAUCCGCAGCAAGUAUUUCCGAUUUCAAAAUCUCUCUCCCCCAUUCGUUGCUUCCUCUCUCCGCUACCCAAACAAAUCUAGGGUUUCGGAUCGGAAUCCUCUGCCGCCGGCGCUGACCCCGGCGGUAAUGUCGGCCAGUGGCGAGCCCGAGGAGGUCCCCGCCGCCGCCGGGGCGGAGCAGAAGUCGGACGGCGCGAAGAAGGACGCCGCGGGCCCCGGCGGCGGGGAGCUGCUGUACUGCGGCGCGACCAACUUCGAGACCAUGGGGCGGAAGGUGGUGGGCGGGGCGCAGGGGAACCUCGUGUCGCCGACGCGGUUGCGGUCGCUCGUGGGCGUCGACAUACGCUUCGUUGCCUCCGGCUGCACGGCUUGCCAUUGUGUUGCUUUGGAUGCUGAAGGACGUUGUUAUACAUGGGGUCGAAAUGAGAAGGGGCAGUUGGGGCAUGGGGAUAUUCUUCAGCGUAACCUGCCGACUGUUGUUUCUGAACUAUCAAAGUACAAAGUCAUUAAAGCAAGUGUUGGAAGAAAUCACACAGUGGUUGUAACCAAUGACGGGAAGUCAUUCUCCUUUGGUCACAAUAAACACGGACAGUUGGGUACUGGAUCCCUAAGGAACGAAAUCGAGGCAUCACCAGUGCCCUGUCUUGUUACUGAAGCAACCAAUGCUGUUUGUGGUGCUGAUUUUACGGUCUGGCUGUCAUCAGUGGAGGGCUCUUCUAUACUUACAGCAGGUCUUCCCCAAUAUGGUCAGCUUGGUCAUGGAACUGACAAUGAGUACAAUGUUAAAGAUGCAUCUGUAAAACUGGCUUAUGACCCCCAGCCCCGUCCCAGGGCAAUAGCUUCCUUAUCUGGAAAAACUAUCGUCAAAGUUGCAUGUGGAACAAAUCAUACAGUCGCAGUCGAUUCAAGUGGCUACGUUUACACAUGGGGGUUUGGUGGAUAUGGAAGGUUGGGCCACAGAGAACAGAAGGAUGAGUGGCAACCUCGCCUUGUUGAAGUCUUCCAGAAACACAAUGUUCUGCCACCUAAUGCUAUUAUCUCAGCUGGUGCGGCAAGUUCUGCAUGCACUGCUGGUGGUGGACAGUUGUACAUGUGGGGGAAGUUAAAGAAUACAGGCGAUGACUGGAUGUAUCCAAAGCCAUUAUUGGAUUUAAGUGGUUGGAACAUACGGUGCAUGGCUUCUGGUAACAUGCACCACGUUGUAGGUGCAGAUGAUUCUUGCAUAAGCUGGGGUGUUGCCCAGAAUGGAGAGCUUGGUUAUGGCCCUAAUGGGCAAAAGUCAUCUGCUAAUCCUAAAAAAGUUGACAUUCUUGAAGGAAUGCAUGUCAUAAGUGUUGGUUGUGGAUAUGGAUUGUCAGCGAUUGUUGUAGAUAGAGCAAUUGCUGGUGACCGGCUUGAUCAGCUGGAUAUUUAUGAUGGUGAUACCUCCACUGAAGUCUUUCUAAUGGAUGAUUUGGAGCUCUUCACUGCAGUAGAAGACCGAGUGGAGGUCCAUGUCACCAAGAAGCCGAGGGCUUCUGCUAGCACCAAUUCACGAUCCAAUAAGCGCAAGAAAGCAAAGGAUGUUUCCGAAUCAGACGAGGAUGAUGAUGAGGAAGAUGAAAGCGGCGAUGACGAAAAUGGUGAAAUAAGAGGUGCUAAGGGCAGAGGACGUGGUGGCAAAGCCUCAAACAGAGGGAGAGGCAGGGGAGCCAAAAAGGCUACUCCUGAACCAAAGCCAUCUGGAAGAGGCAGAGGCCGCCCAAAGAAAACCGAGUCUCCUGCUCAGAAAACUGUGAGCUCAGGGCGAGGCGGGAAGAGGGGGAAGCGAGGAAGAGCUCGGAAGUGAGUUUGAAAUCUUGGUAGGGCAUUGUUGAACUCUAGAGUCUCAGACCGUGUGAUGUCUAACGCCUGCUGCGAUCCAACCCACCAUUCUAGGGUAUUUGUUUCCUUAGCGAUGCUCACCCCCAACCUCCUUACAUUGUUGAGCCUGUUUUUUGAAUGGAAUUACCUCUGAUGUGGAAGACUUGUCUGUUAUUGAAAAGCCUGUUUAUUUA